GAUCCAGUUUCCUUUAAGCCGCUCUCGCGCGUUUGUCUGUUCUCGCCGCGUCGUGUGUCCUACCGAUUAUUAUUUUCUCCUCCUCCCCCCUUCCCCGUCCGCGUGCACGAAGAUUGUCGGCACGGUGUUAAAAGGUAUAUCACGAGCGGUAUACACAACACGCUCGUGUCGUUGUCGUCGUCGUCGUCGUCGUCGUCAUCGUCGUCGUUGUCGUCGCUGUCUCGCUAUCGCUGUCGCCGUCGUGCAGCGCCGAGUGUCCCGAUUCAAACGUAUCAUCGCCCGGUAUAUAACGGAGGAUGGCAUUCAACGGAGACGGUCCUCACUCCAAGAGGCAGCGGCUCGAGGAAUCUGGACACAGGAAUCACGAAUAUGGCGGGUACGGAGAUGAACCACGUCGAAAAAGAGAAGACAAUAAUAAACCGAACCACGUCCUCCUCUUCACAAUUAUCAAUCCAGUUUACCCCAUCACUGUGGAAGUGUUGCACACGAUCAGUGCGCCCAGCGGGCAGGUUCAGCGCAUCGUAAUCUUUAAGAAAAAUGGCGUGCAAGCUAUGGUUGAGUUUGACUCGGUGGAAUCGGCAACCAGAGCAAAGGAAACACUACAUGGAGCAGACAUAUAUUCUGGCUGCUGCACACUAAAAAUCGACUUCGCAAAGCCGACAAAGCUCAACGUCUACAAGAAUGAUGCCGAAAGUUGGGACUACACGACACCGACACUGGGCUCGAGCACACAUAAAAACGACGCGACAGGAAAUGGAAGGCCAGCUCCCCUUUUGGCUGAGCCAAGAUACGGCGCCGCGCCGCAACCGUAUGGCUCCACGCCGCAGGUCACCUUCCCGCCGGGUGCCGGUCACGAUCGUUACGAGGAGAACUUCAACGGACCGGCGACGUAUGCGGAGCCAUACGUCGAGCGCUACGGUAUCAAGAGUGAUUUCAGUGGCCGUGAGCCGUUACAUCCCACACCACCUCGGCCGGGUUAUGUGCCCACCUUGGGCCAAACGCCGCCCUCCAGCACGCAAGGCUCGGUCAUGAUGGUGUAUGGACUACAACCGGACAAAGUCAAUACCGACAAGCUCUUCAACCUGUUCUGCCUGUACGGCAAUGUGACGAAGGUUAAAUUUUUGAAAACAAAGGAGGGCUGCGCGAUGAUACAAAUGGGAGACAGCAUAGCCGUAGAACGAUGUCUGCAGAACCUGAACAACGUCACGAUCGGGACGGACGGCAGGCUGCAGCUUGGUUUCUCAAAGCAGGCCUUCCUCUCGGACGUAACCAACCCUUACAUUCUACCCGACAAGACAGCAAGCUUCAAGGACUUCACAGGAAGCAAGAAUAACAGAUUCCUGAAUCCCGCGAUGGCCAAUAAGAACAGAAUACAACCACCAUCGAAGAUAGUUCACUUCUUCAACACUCCACCGGAUCUAACCGAGGAAACAGUGAAUCGCGUGUUUGUAGAGCGCGGCAUCGAAGCGCCGACGACGAUCAAAUUGUUCCCUCUCAAGUCUGAACGAUCGUCGUCCGGUCUAAUCGAGUUCAGCAGUGUCGGUAUCGCGGUGGCCGCUAUCAUGGAAUGCAAUCACACGGCGCUCGAGAACAGCAACGGCAAGUUCCCAUACAUCAUGAAGCUCUGUUUCUCGUCGUCGCGCACCAUACCCACGAGCUUCCCACCCAGCAGCGGCAGCGUGUCGAGCAAUUCCGCUGGCAAUGGCCACGCCAAAAUGCAGCAGGACUCGGAAUAGAACGGCGAGGUCCAGGGCCAGCAGCGUCAGCGUCAGCGCCAGCGCCCCUCACUCGCCGCCCUGCACCCGUUGUGUGCCCCCGCGACGGCGGGCACGGCCCUG